GGCUUUUCUUCCCCGUACUCGGACCACACGUAAUCAAUUGUUGCAACAGCCUGCCGGCCGUUUUAUGGACUAUAUCGCCUCUGAAUGUCUUGAUUGACUUGAAGUAUUGGACCUUACCUCUUCCCAACCAAUCCGUCAAUAUUCGGCAUUUCCGUCUUUUCAACCACCACUCCGUCCCCCUGCUUCUGAUCUCUCCCAAUUAUCUCCCACCGCGUUCUCCAGCUACUCGACAUAUUCCUUCUCUCUAUCACUUUAACGGAGGCUUGGGGAUAACGUGAGGGCCAACUUUGGAUUCUGCUGCAAGAUGUCGACCCUCAAGCGCAAGGCUAGUAAUGACCAGGCAUCUGACUCCAAGAAGCCCAAGCAGAAUGGCAGUAUCAUGUCUUUCUUCGGCAAGACAGAAACGGCUAAGGACUCAGGGGCUUCUGGGACUCCCGCGCCAGGCUUUGACAAGGCGAAAUGGGUGGCUGGUCUGACAGAGGAGCAGAGGAAACUUCUACAACUGGAAAUCGACACGCUGCACGAGAGCUGGCUGGCCCUGCUCAAGGAUGAUAUCGCUACCAAAGAGUUCCUCGACCUGAAGCGGUUUCUCCACCGCGAGACCGACACUGGAAGGAAGUGGUUCCCACCAAAGGAGGAUGUGUAUUCCUGGUCCCGCCACUGUCCCUUCAACAAGGUGAAGGUCGUCAUUCUCGGGCAGGAUCCCUACCACAACGACAACCAGGCCCACGGCCUUGCGUUCUCCGUCCGUCCUCCCACGCCCGCUCCCCCGUCUCUCAGAAACAUCUACAUCGCCCUGAAGAAAGACUAUCCCACAUUCACGCCUCCUCCCAAUAAGCAAGGUCUCCUGACGCCCUGGGCCGACCGCGGCGUCCUGCUUCUCAACACAUGCCUGACGGUCCGGGCUCACGAGGCCUACUCCCACUCCAACCGGGGAUGGGAGCGCUUCACCCAACGCGUCAUUGACCUCGUGGCCGCCCGCCGCCCCAAGGGCGUCGUCUUCGUCGCCUGGGGCUCCCCCGCUGCCCGCCGUGUUGCCAAGAUCGACCAAACCCGCCACCUCGUCCUCAAGAGCGUGCAUCCUAGCCCGCUGAGCGCCAUGCGCGGCUUUUUUGACUGCGGUCACUUCCGGAAGGCCAAUGAGUGGCUGAUCCAGAGGCACGGAGCCGACGCCGAGAUCGACUGGGAUCUCGGAGGCGGCAACGUCAGCACUCUUACAUCGAAGAAGGCUGAGGUCAAGACGGAGACAACGAAGACGGUUGUGGAGAAGGGGAUCGAGAACAAGGAGAAUCUCAAGGAGGAGGAGGAGGAGGAGGGUGAAGAGGGUGCAGGGGGGGCAACAAAGAUCGGCGUGCAAGCGGAGACGGAGGAAGUCAAAGUCACUGCUUGAUUCGUCGGAUUUUUAUUGUCAUUAUUAUUAUUCUCUCGGAGUUUUCUCUUCUGUGCAUCUGGGACGGGUACUGGCGUUUUGGGCCGUUAUGGAUUUAAUAUCUACGGGCUAGGGAACUGUUUUCAUAGGCCGAACUACGAGGCCCUGAACAUUUUAAUGAGUCUCAGAGCAUCAAGUCAAUGAUGGACUUGCUGCUAAUUAUGGAACACAU